GCAAGUGAUUGAACAGAAAGCGAUCAUGUGAUUUCUGAAAACAGCUUGCCUCAAUGCAUUGCAUUGGAGCCUCUGAGAGAUACGUUUCAUUGAUGCUGGAACAAGGAAAUGGGAAACUUAUGAGAAACACAGACAGGGACAAAACAACCCAACCUUUAAAGUCAACUCUAGCUCAGCCUGGAUUUGAAGUUGCAAAAGUUAAGGUGGAAGAAUCGCUUUCAUCUGCGCAUCAUGUCUCUGACAGUGUCUCAGGUUGAGGGAAUGACGGUCAUCACUAUCACCUCAAACCCAAAGAGCAAAUGUCCCGGACUGUGUCAGAUUCUGGUUUCUCUGUUCUGCAGUCCAGUGAGUUUUGUAUCUGAGGAUAUGAAAGAAAAGCUGACAGACACCCAGAGAACUUUUGGGAUUAUACAGAGAGUAGUUGCAGUCAUGAAUUUGGUAUUGGGAUGUAUUGGCUUCAUCUUUUAUAUGACUUUUGGGUGGGCCAGCAAUAUGGAGUCCUUCGGAGGACUAAAUAUGACAGUGAUGGUGUUGGCGAUUCUUCAGCUCUGCGUGGCUGUCAGUUUCUUGGUUCUGACUUUAAAAUCUUUGUUCAAGAGGGGUGGGAGUGCAAAGUUGGUGGAGAACAAAACUUCCGAAUCCAGAAAUGGAAUAUGCCAAUAUCCAUUUCCAUUUGUUCACAGCUGUAACAUGACUCUUACAGUGUCUCAGGAUAUUACAGAGAAGCUGGCGGACACACACAAAGCGCUUGGAAUGCCACAGAUAAUAAUCGGUGUCAUGAAUAUCACAAUGGGUUGUUUUGGCUUUGUUUCUUCUUUUUGGAUCGGUGGUGUGUUCAUUGUUGUUGGAGUCAUGUGUGUUCUUGCAGUCAAGUUUCCUAGUCCUAGGCUGCUUGUGUGUCUAGUGAUUCUGAACAUCAUCAGUGCUGCACUGGCUAUCACUGCUGUUGUGCUGUAUUCAAUGGACCUGCCAAUGGAAAACAGUUUAGACUGUCCUUAUCCUCAUUAUUAUUCUUAUCGGCGUGACUUUGAGACCUGUUUGUACUACCGAGAUCUCAAACAGAUAAUCGUCGGAGGACUGGAUAUCAUGAUGAUAGUGUUGUCGGUCCUUCAGCUCUGUGUGACCAUCAGCUUCUGUGUUUUGACUGGGAAAGCUUUUUGCAACAAUGAUGAUGCAAAGUCGGUGGAGGAUCCAGAACUUCACAAGCCGCUCCUGGAAGACGCCGCUGUCGCUCCUGCAUGACAUGAGUGAUAAAGACAAACACAUAUUUUUAUUUGAACACAUUUUCUUUGUUUUUGUAAUUGAAAAUGAAAUGAUUCAUGUUACAUAUUUUAGUA